AUGAUGAAAAGACUGUGGGAUUAUUCGUUUCAGCUUCCCUGGAUGAUGGGUGGAGAGAUAGUCACUGUCACUUUGGUGCCAUCUGUGAACAUGACACCAAAUUCUAGCAUGAUCCUGGAACAGAAAACAACAUUUGCCUUUGUGAUUUUGUUAUUUGUUUUCUUGGGAAUCCUCAUUGUUCGCUGCUUCAGAAUUCUCCUCAACCCCUACCGGAGUAUGCCAACCUCAGCCUCGGCUGAUGGACUUGAUGAACUGGGAGGACAGUUUGACUAUGCUCUUGCUUAG